AGCUGGCAGGCAUUCAUAUUUCAGUUCUCGAGUUAUGUAGGUUAAAGUCUCCCAGCGGGAAAGGGGAAGAUAUGAGAGAGCAGAUUGCUGGUGGCGAUACUCACCAGAAGGAAAACAGAAAAAAGGAGCACGGAAUUCUGGAGGCUUGAGAGGUGAGUGACAGGAAAGUGCUGCCAGCCCAUGAAUUUCCUGAAGAAACUCCAUUUCCACCAGCACCAACAUGCAGAGCAACUACUCCCUGAUUGUCACCACCAGGGAAAGUCUCCAAGUCCUGUCUACAGCACUGACAAACUCAUCCCCUCCCUGCCCCCUUACCUCUUCAGAUUAUCAGUUUUCACUAAUUCCAGCCCUCUUCUCUGCGGUUUUUGUUCUCGGCUUGGUUGGCAACAGCGUGGUGGUUGUGGUGCCCUGUCGUCACACUGGCCCCAAGACAGUUGCUAAUGUCUACAUUUUCAACUUGGCCAUGGCAGACCUGCUGUGCCUGGCCACCCUCCCCUUCUGGGCCACCUACUACGCUCAGGGAUACAACUGGCUCUUCGGGUCUCUCAUGUGCAAGAUCUCCAGUUCUGUCCUGUGUCUGAAUAUGUUUGCAAGUAUUUUCUUCAUUACGUGCAUGAGCGUGGACCGGUACCACGCCAUUGUCCAUCCCAUUCACUCCCAGAGGAGAACUCCACAACAAGCUUAUUUUGUAGCAUUGGUUGUGUGGGGCCUCGCCUGUUUGUCCUCCCUCCCAACUUUUUAUUUCCGAGACACUUACUACGUUGAAAGCUUGGAGGUCAAUGCUUGCAUUAUGGCCUUCCCUUAUGAGAGCUAUGCAAAAUGGUCUGUGGCAACGGCCUUCCUGAAAAACACCCUCGGCUUCUUCAUCCCCUUGGCGGUGAUCACCACCUGCUACAUCUGGAUCAGGAGGCACUUGCUUAAAGCACAGCAGUUUGGGAAAAGCAGGCAGAAGAGGGACAAAGUCCUGAAGCUGGUGGCUGCUGUUGUCAUGGCCUUCCUGAUUUCCUGGCUGCCAUUCCACGUUUUAACGUUUUUGAAUGCUUUGGCCCACAUGGACAUCAUCGACAGCUGUGAGGUGGUGGGGCUCAUCGACGCGGCGCUGCCCUUCGGCAUCUGCAUGGCCUUCGCCAACAGCUGCACCAACCCCCUGCUGUACUGCUUCAUUGGCAACCAGUUCCAGGAGAAGCUGCACCGCCUGUUCAAGAGAAGAGUUCACCAGUUCAGUAGCCACCGGGAGAGCUCCUCUGCCAGGAAGGGCAGCUGCUUCAGAGAGGCCGAAACCCCCGUGGGCAAAGAAGGGGAACCUGAGUCUUUCCUGUAGGCACCGGGGCAUGAUGUGGGGUGAUGUCAGUGCAGCUGGAUGUCCCUGCAGUGGUGACAUUCCUUUCUCCUCUUCCCUUUGUUUUGUGACCAUUCGUUCACCAGCUGUUUGAAGGAGAAUCUGGAUUUGUCAUACAUGGGGAUUUAUUCCUCCUCCCUUUUCACAACAAGAAGUUUUACACAGAGGGAAGGUUCUGACAAAUAACUAUAUUGACGACAUUUAAAUAUCAGCUUUUUGUAUGGCUGAGAUCAGGCAAGUGUUAUGUGUAACACGAGAAGUCUAAAUAUACUGAAGGACCAUUACACCACAGCUACAAUUGCACAGGUGCCGAGUAUUAUACCCUAAACUGAUUUUCUGAAAGAGAUUCUCAGUAGAGAAUGUGUAAAUAAAGCAGUGCAGAUACUUCUGUACCUACCUGUAAGAAAAUAUUUUCACAUUUAUUUUGUAUAUUUUAAUUUUUUUUUAAA